CGGCCAGGAAGGGGCGAGCGAGCGAGCAGGCCUGGCACGGGCGGGCAGCCGAGCGCGGGCGGCAGCGGCGGCGCAGGAGCCCCCGCCCCGCGGGCCCCGGCCUCCAGCAGCCCCUCAGCAGGGCUGCUUCCCCGCCAGAUUUAAUCAAAUAUAAGAAAGAGGAAACUUCCACAGUCCAGGCAGAUGAUGAUCAAUUGAUAUCCCAACCCUGAAUUUUACCAGACUUUUAAGCAGCGGAAAGAAUGUCGGCGCGGGCCGUGGCUGACGUCAGAGGGGAGCAACGCAGAGCGGCGGCGGCGGCCAGCAGGCAGCAGCGGCGGCCCCGGCACGGAGGCGGCGGAGGAGGCGGAGGCGGAGGCGAGAUCGGCCCCGGCCCCGCCAGCACUGCUGCCGCGAGCACGACCCCAGCCACCAGCGCGGCAAUGGCGACGGUCGGGGAGCGCAAGUCCUUGCCCAGCCCGGAGGCGAUGCUGGGGCAGCCCUGGAGCCAUUGGGUCGAUGCAGCUAAACUUCACGGGAACGACGGAGCAACCUUGGAAGAAAAUUUCAAGGAAUAUGGGAAAAACCGAGAAGCGAUGCGACUCUGUAGAGAAGAUAUGCCAAUAUUUGGCCUAUGCCCAGCUCAUGAUGAUUUCUAUUUGGUGAUGUGUAACCACUGUAAUCAGGUCGUAAAACCACAGGCAUUUCAAUCACAUUAUGAAAGAAGACACAGCUCCUCCAGCAAGCCACCUUUAACCCCUCCUUCCUCUUCAGUAUUCUCCCUCUUUUCGCCUCUGACUUCAAAAAGCAAAGGUAGCAGCGGAGGUGGGAGCAGUCGUUCAUCCAGUGGCGGAGGUACUAGUGCAUCGUCAUCAUCCAGUUCCAAGUUGUUGAAGUCACCCAAAGACAAGCCGCCAAUCAGUGGAAACAAUAGGCCAAUGCACCUGGUACAUAGCAAAGGUCCCCAUGACAAAAUCAUGACUCCAUCUGUCAAAGUGGAAAAAAUACAUCCAAAGAUAGAUGGUGCACUAUUGAAACCUGCUGUUGGUCCAACCUGUUCUACUACUGUGAGCUCCUCAAUAAAGACUGGCCUUAAUCCCUCAAUACCAAAGCCACCCUUGCCUUCCCCUGGACAGAUACUGAAUGGUAAAGGUCUUCUCUCUGUGCCUCCAUACUCGGAAAAGAAGCAAGACGAGAGUACAAAUAAUAGGAAAUUUUUACACAAAAGAUUGUCAGAGAGAGAAUUUGAUCCUGAUAUCUACUGUGGCGUCAUUGACAUAGAAACGAAGAAACCCUGUACUAGGUCUUUGACAUGCAAGACACAUUCCCUAACUCAACGGAGAGCUGUACAGGGUCGAAGGAAACGAUUUGAUUUAUUACUAGCUGAGCACAAAAGCAAAACCAGGGAAAAAGAAUUACUCCGCCAUUUGGAUCAUCAUCAGCAGAUGCCCCCUCUCAGGGAACCACAUCCCUCACCUUCAAGAACUUCCCAGGAGCUGCACCAAAAUUCUCAUGGAGUUAUUCCUACAGAAUCAAAGCCUUUAGUACCUACUAAACCCAAACCUCACACCCCCAGUCUUCCAAGGCCUCCUGGCUGCCCAGCCCAACAAAGUGGGAAUGCCCCAAAUGAAUCUCCAUCAGUCCAUGAAUCUCCACAUGCUCCCUUACCUGCAGCUGAGCCAGCAUCUCGGUUAUCCAGCGAUGAGGGAGAAUGUGAUGAAAAAGAAGAGCCUGUUGAAAAACUGGAUUGUCUUUAUUCAGAUCAUCAUCCUCAACCAGCUGCUUUUUGCACAUUUGGUAGUCGACAAAUUGGAAGAGGUUACUACGUGUUUGAUAAGCGGUGGAACCAUAUUCGAUGUGCACUUAAUGUCAUGGUGGACAAGCAUCUUAACUCACAGAUGUGGAAGAAAAUUCCUCCAGCGACAAGCAACACUACAUCCUUGCGCGCUCCACACCGGACAAGCUCGACGCCUGUGUCGCAGUACGGCUCCAGCACAACAGGUUUCCUCUUGCCCGCCACAGCUAUGCCCUCGCCAGCACACGUGUCUCCUUCCUGUUUAUCUCUCAGUGGGAAAUCGGUACCAUCCCACGGGACUACGCUCAAUGCCAACCCUGCAAGUUUUGGUGCAGCAGAACCUGCCUGCAGUAUGCAAUCAAGACAAGUGUCUACAUCCCCUUCCACGCCUCCAGUGCUUUCCUCGGUACCGUCGCCUCUGUCCAGCAAACCUCAGAAAUUGAAAUCCAGCAAGUCUUUCAAGCCUAAGGAAUCUUCUGCUAGCAGCGCCAACUGCAACAGUACCAGUAGCAACAGCAGCGGUGGCAGCUCAGGAAAGAAGCGUAAGAACAGUUCUGCGCUGCCAGCACCUUCUUCUCAUUCCACAGAGUCCUUUAGGAAGAACUGUGUGGUGAACUCUGGAAACUCUGGGGCUUCUUAUCACUCGCCUGGGAUGUCUUCGUCCCACAGCCUCAACUGUAUGACUGGUAAAGCUAACUCGGUUAGCCUCAAACAUGACCAAUCAGGGAGGGGCCCUCCGACUGGGAGCCCUGCAGAAUCUAUAAAAAGAAUGAGUGUGAUGGUGAACAGUGGCGAUUCCACCCUGUCGUUGGGGCCGUUCAUUCACCAGUCCAGCGAGCUGACGGUCAACUCGCACGGCGGGUUUUCACAUUCACAUCCUUCCCUAGACAAAUUCAUAGGAAAGAAAAGAAAGUGCUCGCCUGGUUCAAGCAGCAUAAACAGCAGCAGCAAAGCAAACAAGGUUGCCAAAUUGCCGCCAGUGAACAACAUUCACACGAAACACACUGGUGCAAUCCCAGGGACACAAGGACUGAUGAACAAUUCUAUCCUUCAUCAGCCAAAGGCUCGUCCCUAACAGUUGACACAGACAAUGCCAUGGUAAGAAAAGAACUGGAUUAUUUUCACUACAAGCGGGGAAAAAUGAAUAAAUCUCCAUCUGGAAAUCCUGGACUCCAAGAUGCCUUUUGAGUUCUCCCAGCUUCCCACAGUCCUCAGGUGUGGAAAUCUACUGGACUGUCACACAAUCAAGGGGUUUCCCUGAAGCCAUGUCUGUAGCAGCGAAGCUUGGAAAUGGACUCUGGAUUGCCGUUCAGCCACAGGAUGUUUCCUCUCAGUGUUACCGGUGGUCUGGACAGCUUGCUACAAAAGUCCUGUGAGAUUUCACUUACAGGAGUACAUCACCUUGCCACUAUUUGAUCUAGGUUGGUUGGGCAAAGCAAUGUUUGGGAAAGAACAUUACUGUGGACUUGUUUUUUUCUUUUCUUCUGAUAGUGUCAUAGGCAUAAUUAACUGCCCCUUUGGCACUGUCCAGUGAAAACCCCUCACAAAGGAGGGGGCACAAUGUGUUAGGCACAAUAAACAGAAGAAGAAGAAGAAGAAGCCCUCAACAAGGGAAUACGGCUUUAGUGUUUUAUAGCAAUGUUCCUUGAUUGGAAUGCAAAAAUAGCACAACUUAGAAAACAAAAACGGUCUACAUUUUCCCAGCCUUUUGCAAGUAAUUUGGGAUAAGAAGCUGUCAGGAGUUCUAAAAAACAAACACAAAAAUGUUCAUGGCCAUCACUGAAAAAUUAAAAAAGAAGAAGCAUAUUUAAAUAGUGAAAUCACAUGGUACAGAACAAUUUUAUGAGCAUCAUCUACCAAGCACAGCUGCUCAGUAUUCUUCAUUCAUUCCAGUGGAGCGUUCGUCGGGUCCUGUACAACUGCCACUGAAAUGAAAUAAGGUUGCACAGCGACAUUGUAUGGAGGAGGGCUGUGCCUGCUUGAUUUUGAAUAAAAUUGCUUUGAUCUUUUUUUAAAAAAAAAUAUCCCCCCCAAACCCAGAUGCAAAACUCUCAAAUCCAAAAUGGUGAAUGACCUCUAAAACUCUUCCCAAAGAAUAUAUUUCUUGACCUAUACUGUAUGCCAUAAGCCUUUGUUGUUUUGGAUAGGUGGGUAGGGGAAACUGAAAAUGCCAAUCUAAGUUGGUUGUACCAUCCAACCUUUUAAAAAACAGAACACAAAGUAGUCCUUAUAAAAUGCAAACCUUUAAAACAAUGAAAUCUCACUGCUAUUUUUCUUGAAAGAUUUUUCCAGUAAGUUGAUGCCUUGUUCACAUAACCAAAUUAGCAUUCCGUUUAAUAAAGUCCACAUUCAGAUUUUUUGGAUGACUGCAUUAAGUGCCAGUUCAAAUUCUGAGCUCAGUGUUAAAUCCACCCCUUGUACAGCCAUCUUGUGAGCAAAGGGGGAGUGUUUUAAACGCCAUCCACUCCCAAGUGGUCAUUCCCCUCGCUCCCAUGAGCAAAGGUGUUUUGUUUUAAAGUAAUAUCCUCAGAAGGGCUUUAAUGUUAUCAUUUGAUCUGGAUGUUUGUGACACUAGUGAAUCUCCAACUACAAGCUGGAAUUUCUACACAUUUUAUCACGUGAAAGGAAAAAAAUAAAAAUAAACCCCAAACCAUAGGUCAUAACACAGGCAGAGCUUUCCUUCAGCAAGCCCGUAGAAAGUAAAUUUCUAUCCAUUUAAAUGGGGUGUGUUUUGGAUUGUGGAUUCAGACAGCCUCCCCAAUGAGAAUUUGCUCUUGCAAUAAUCAAGUGAGGCUAGAUUGUCUGAGGGUGCCGACUAACUGCAGACUCUGCUGAAGCUACAGUUCUCAGCAUGCUGUAUUUUCACCACUUCUCAAAGUGAUGGGUGCAGAAUCCAUUGCACCUUGGGUACCCCAUCAGAUCACCUAGCUCUGUUCCACUCCUGUCCUUGAUAAAAUGCGUGGCCAAAUGGUUAGCAGUACUCACUGAGGAAGAAAGCUGAUUGUCUGAAUCUAUCCUCAACAGGGCUUGUGCAGGAGAAGCUCUCGGUGGAAUGUGUGCCUGUAGUCUUCUGCCUUAAAGGGGCACCAGAUCUUGCUGAGAUUAGACAAUCUAAGCCUUUCUAAUUCACACAGCCCAGCCUCUCUCCCGACCAUGGUGGUGCAUUGCACAUCAGGGAUUCCGAAACCACCACAAGCAGCAGCUGCUUGGGUUUUGUUUUUUAAAACCUGUUGAGGUUUUCCAAUUUGCUAUGAUUAUUAAAACACAGUGAAGCAACAAGACUCUAUGCAGACAACUCUAAAGCCUUGAAUUCACAAAAGAUCAUGUGUUUGUUUUUUAAGUAAAGGAAUAAUAUUUUGGAUGGUGUUGAUUAUGCAAAUAUUUUAAAAGAGGGAGGGCUUGAACAACCCUUCAGUUUCGAGAGGAUGCUAUAAAAUGUUAAAACCUCUUAAUUGGCUUACCUGGGGCAUGGGAGGAGACGACCAAAGUAAUGUAUCUGCUCUGCAGAGAGAAAAUCGAUACUGACUCCUUUCCAUGUGUUGGAUAUUUUUGAUCACAAGUGCAAUUUGGUUUUGAUAGAUUUACCUUCGAAGGCUGACAAAUUUUUCAUAAGUUAAACCUUUAGUGGCUUUAAGUACUCAAAAAUGUCUGUUUUAUAAAUAUUAUGUUGCUCUGAAAGCAUCAAAGCAAGUCUUAGGCUCCUUAAAAGACAUGCAGAUCUUUGUAAAAAGUUCAGCAGUUAACCACUGUGUUUAAUUUAUAUGAGUUGCAGCUCUGGGCCCAAUUCCCACUGUGAAUGUCUCCGCUGCAAGCCAUGUUGAAACGGGAGCUUCACACAAACACAGCCAUGCUCUUGCGCAAAGCCCGCCUGAUGCAUUCAGUGGGGCUUAUGUAAGUGACAUUCCAGGAUGGAAUUGUGGCCUGUAUCUGUCUGUUAUGGCUUAUAAUUUUAAAACUUGCCAUGAAUAGAACCAGAGGACGUCUUAAUUUAUGCCUGCCCUCAAAGUGUAGACUUGCUUAAAUAUUAUACAAACAAUAUUCCAUUUUGGGGGCUUAGUAAUAAAUGGAAUGAUUGUAUUUGAAGCUUUUAUUGUCUGACAACAUUCUUAUUGUAAAUAAUUAAGGAAAUUUCAGAUUUAAUUUAUCUUGCAAGAUUUGCAGUGGCUGGGUUGUUUCUUAGAAAGAUUUUGGUAUUAAUUUAAGAGAUACAAUUUUUAUAGUCUUUCCAGCUUCUCAUUAUGACUCCUGCAGUUUUCUUAACCUAAAAUAAAUAAAUAAAUUAAAAAAUGUUGCAAUGAUGAACAAAGAAUUAUACGAAAAUAAUGAAACCCAUACUUUUGUAUCUUUAUUUUGGAAUUUCUUGUUCUAUUAUAAAUAUUGAAGUAUCCCUAUUUCAGAAGACAUAUUUUGUUAAUUGAUUGUACAUAUUUAAAUAUGUAUUUUUGCACAGGUCUUUUUUUCUUAUAUCCAGUUUUGGUACAAUUGAAAAUCAUCUAGUAUUUAUUAAUUAAAAAGAGAAAAGCAAA